CCCGGUUCAGUCACUAGGGAGAGACUCUGAACUAGGAAAGCUGCCGUUCUCAGCCGGGACUCCCACAGCAGGCUGGCUCGAGCGCGCUCCGCACCGCUCCGCCAUCCGCACACCGGCCUGCGGGACGCGUCGCUCUCUCCGCGCGGGAUGGAGAAAGGCGCCUCUGAAGCGGACCCAUCCCGCGGCCGGAACGGGUUCGUGGGCGUGUUGUACGGGGAGUUCAGCGACGUCCUGAACGACAGGGUCCGGUACUCGGUGAGCUUGACAGAGAGCGCCCUGACCAUCCAGAGGAUCUCCUCGUCGCCCGGCCGCACUAAGGUGGUGUUCAACCUGGCCGACUGCAUCGGCUGCCGGGCGCACCGGGCGCCGGACGCCGCGGACGUCGGCGCCUACUUCACAGCCUACUUCUACCCGUUCAAGCGGCGCUGGAUGAGCGCCGGCGUGGCCCGGCAGAGAGUGGAGCAGUGCUUUCGGGUCGCGCUGGUCCAGGAGCCGCUCGCCAACCUCCAGGAGGCUGAGAGGUGGGCUCGCGCCAUCAGAGACGCCUCGGCGCUGCAGGCGCCCCGCAGAGACGGCGUGGUCUACGCAGAGCUGCGCCGGCCCUGCAGGGUGCUGAUCCUGGUGAACCCCCACAGUGGACGCGGCCAGGCGCUGCAGCUGUUCAGCGCCCACGUGCAGACCAUGCUGACGGAGGCCGGCGUGCCCUACACGCUGGUCAUAACAGAGCACCAGAACCACGCGCGCGAGCUGGCGAGGAAGGCGGACCUGUCGCAGUGGGACGCACUGGUCAUCAUGUCCGGAGACGGGCUGCUGUUCGAGGUCAUAAACGGUCUGAUGGAGCGCGAGGACUGGCAGCAGGCCAUCCAGGUCCCGCUGGGGAUUCUACCCGGCGGCUCCGGCAACGCCCUGGCCGCCUCCAUCCACCACUACUCACAGUCGCCGCCGGCCUGGAACGAGGAGCUGCUGCUGAGCUGCGGCUUCAUGCUGUGCAAAGGCCUCGUGGGCUCCCUGGACCUGGUGUCCGUCCAGCUGGCGUCCCGCCAGCGCCUCUACUCCUUCCUGUCGCUGGCCUGGGGCUUCGUGGCCGACGUCGACAUCGAGAGCGAGAAGUACCGGCACGUGGGCCCCAUCCGCUUCCUGAUGGGCACCUUGGUGCGCCUGGCGUCGCUCCGGGUCUACCAGGGCAGGCUGGCCUACCUGCCCGUCAGGGACGCGCGCAGGCCUCCGAAGGCGGGCCGGCGGUCCGACCCGGAGCCCCCUGAGGGCGGGGCCCGGACCCGGACCCCGGCCCCGGCCCCGGCCGCCCCGCUCCUCCCGGCCUUGGACCAGCCGGUGCCCGACAGCUGGACGGUGGUGAGGGAGCAGGAGUUCGUGCUGGUUCUGGCCGUGUACCAGUCCCACCUGGCCGAGGACCUGUGGACGGCGCCGGGGGCGGCGGCCGACGACGGCCUCAUCCACCUGUUCUACGUGACGGCCGGCGUCUCCCGGCCCGCGCUGCUCCGCCUCUUCCUGGCCAUGGAGAAGGGCGGCCACCUGGCGUGCGGGUGCCCCCACCUGGUGUACGAGAGGGUGCGGGCGCUGCGGCUGGAGCCCGUCACGCCGCAGGGCAUGAUCACGGUGGACGGGGAGGUGGUGGAGUACGGGCCGGUCCAGGCCCAGAUCCACCCGGGCCUCGCCAGGCUCAUAUGCGGAUGAACCGGGACGGUCCUAAUGGUUGUGUGGCUUCGGAGCUGUCUCCCCGGCCUUUUCUACUCAGCGCUGGUUUCUUUAUGUGUGCUGUGUUUUCAGAAGUGCCAAAGACAUUUAUCAGCCUCUGGAAAUUCUAUUUUUCUAAAGAAGACAAUCCUAUUUUUUUUGUAAAUCCCGUCCCCUCCUUCUCGUCAGGGUCAGAGCCAUGGUUGCUUGUACUCGCCGCUGGCUGGUUCCAGCUUAGAGACAGACUGAGGGAUUGUGUGUGUGUGUGUGUGUGUGUGUGUGUGUGUGUGUGUGUGUGUGUGUGUGUGUGUGUGUGUGUGUGUGUGUGUGUGUGUGUGUGUGUGUUUUUGGGGUUUUGUGUGUGUGUGUGUGUGUGUGUGUGUGUGUGUGUGUGUGUGUGUGUGUGUGUGUGUGUGUGUGUGUGUACGCUGUGCUGUCGGACCUCAGAAGCAUGGCAUAUGUGAAGAGCAGCACAUUUUCCUCUCUGGGGACGCUACUCCAGAACCCCCCCCCCCCCUUCAUCCCACUGUACGACACCAGGCUGCCGAUCCGCCCUGGGGCAACAGCCUCACCCCCCCCCCCUCUGUAUAAAAGGAGCUUAUACACGAAGGAGGCACAAUUAAUCUGUGUUGUUUUAUAGAAAAUAAUAGAAAAAACCAAUAGGCAAUGGAGCAGGUCAGGCUGAGCAUUACAGCGGGUUUAAACCCUUCGCCCUCCUUCUCUUACAUAAACAGCUGAUGCAUGCAGUGCGACGGUGACCAGCUGAGGUCACGUUUCCCGUCCUGUCCGUUCUCGCAGCCCGCAUCAUCAGAGCGUCUGCGCUGCUCCACUCCCUCACCCUCGUACACACACUUGCAUCUCUGCAGCACUUAGCCGGGGGGAGGGGAGGGGGGGGGGGGGGGGGUGCUGCCGUGCAUUCGAUCCCCUCUUCCCUCAGCAGGACUGCACUCUGCUUCUUCCUCCCUCUGUUGACGACCGUCACCUGACGUGCCCUUAAUAUCCAGCUGUGCAUCUGCAGCAGUGGAGUCGGGCAAGUUUUUAAACGUGACGUGAGCGUUACUGAAAGCACACGGACGCGGAGAGGGCAGCGCUCACAGUCGCACACUGAGAUCCAGACGAUCAAUAUGAGCUGGAGGGAGUCAAGUGCUGCUUCGCUGGUGGUCAGCGUUGUGUUGACGAGCAUUAGUGCCCUGGAGCCGAGGAGAGUGCAGAUGUUAGCAUUAUCAUCAGAGGCCCCUGCAGACGCACACACGCACACAUCCAUGCACAUACACAAACACACAGAAACACACACGCACGUACACAUGGAAACACACACACACCCACACGCAAGCACACACACACAGACACACACGCACACACACACACACACACGCACAGACACACACGCACAGACAAACGCACACAGACACACACACACAGACACACUCACGCACACACACAUGCAUCAUGCACAAGCACACGCAUGUAUGCACGCACGCACGCACGCACACACACACGCACACACACACACACAUUUCCAGGUCUGCAGCAGCUUGAAGUCAUCAGCCUCUAAAUAAAUAUUAGUUUGAUAAAACGCAUGACGACCAGCGUUUGAUAAAUUCUCCAUAGUCCUGACUGCAGUGUAUGAAUCUGUCUAAAUAUUUACUGCUUUUCCCGGAACCACAAGGGAUUUUCAUCUGCUGGUGCAAACAAAAGCCAAGUUUCUUUUGGACUAUGAAAAAAGAAAGCGAUGCCAUAGAGAAAAGUGAAUCUAAGCUUCUGCCGAGCUGGAAAUGAGACAAAAUGACAGCAUUAGCAUCAGUUGAUGUGAUCGUAGCAGAGCUCUAUCUGUGGAGGUACAGUUCCUGCUCAUUUAAAAGCACUUUAUUACAUGUCGUCCUGCCGUCGUGCUGCUGGUGCUGCAGCUGCUCGUAGACACAGAUCUGACUGUUUUUGCUCCUCCUUCGUCCGCUGGCAUCAACGUCUGUCCCUUCAUCAACUGUAACGGACCUGACGCCGGGUUCUGGUUCCACCUUCACUCCGGUGCAGAUUCUGUUCUGUAGCUGCAUCACGCUGUGCUUGGACCGUAGCUGUGCCCUCAGUGACAUUACUCAGGGGCCUUGAACGCAUCGCCGCAUCGCGCCCUCCAACCUGCAGCCGCCCUCGUGCUCAUCAUCACCUGUGCAAACGGCUGAUGGGGCAGGAGAAGCUAUGCAAACGCCAACGCCUUGUGGUGCGACUGAGGGCUCCCUCUGCUGGAAACUCACACAUCACUCACCGAAUGUAGACCAAGCUCAGCUGCAUGAGACUCUCUCAUUAGCGACAACCAACAACCAACUCAUAAUAAUAUAUAGUAACUUUACUUGAACUCCGGUCGGCUGUUGUACUGUUGUACUGUUAAAUGUCCCUGCAGCGCAAUGCAUCUUUUUAUUAUGAUGGCAUUUUGUUUUUUACAGUAAAUGAUUUAAGAAUGUCGUUAACACAAACCUCAACAUGAGAAGUCCAGUGGUGUUUUAAUCAGUCUGAGCUUAAACAAACUAUGCUAGAAAUGAGCGUGACAGAUGUUUCAUUGUGCUUUUGUUGCUUCACAUCUGGUUUUUGUGCAGCAGGUCGGGGAUUCUUGUGUGUUGCUGUCUGUGAUAUGAACCGUUGUGUAAACUGUGCCACAUACUUGCAGCUUUUUGCAUCGACGCAGGUGGAAACAGGGCAAAAGCUUUUCUAGAAUGUGCCUUAGCCUUAAUUCAUGAUGGCAGAGAACCACGUAAAGUUCCGUCUCGUGUUUAGAGUUGACAGUUGUAUUAGUGUAAGAAUGGACGGAAUAUGGAACACACACAGGAACCAUCUCAUCUCAGCUGCAGCCUGUGUCAUGUAUGAGGCGCUUUAAAGACGGGUUUGACUGGAUCUGAAGGUCUAACAUCUACACAGGUUGCUCUUAUCAACAAACUGGGUGUUAGCGAAAGAUCAUCUUCUUUUAUUGAAUCCUUUCAUAAAACCCAAUAAAGACUAAAAUUCAAAAGCA